GCUCAGUUUGGACUGCGUUAUUUUACGAUUUUUCAUGUUAUCAAUUUUGGUGCUUGGACUCAACAUUCAAAUUUACACCCGGGCAACUACUGUCGUGAUCGCGCGCAUUGAAAACCAGAGGCACAGUUGUUCUGAAGGAAUGAACUCUUUCUCUGCUGCUCUGUUGGAGACGAUCUGUUUUUUUUGGUCUCUUUUGCGCAGCAGGUGGGUGACCAAAAGAGGAAGCGACCAUUGUUACGUACGAAUACAAGACGGGCAAGCUAGGGUGAUUGAAUUAAGAUAAGGAGAUGCGCAGCCGGUCAAGAUCAAUUUUUCGGGAUCAAUGCUGGCAAAUGCUCUGAUGCUUGUUCUUUCACUCUUUGAGCACCUCCACGAGGAUCCUUUUUGUGUGUGUCAAGUCUGUGUGAGUCUUUCUCUUGUCUCAGCGCACGACCACGAUAAUCAUGGUGAAGUAGAAGAACGCUAUUGGACCGAAACUAGAUACGUCGAAAAAUAGACACGGAACCAAGUACAGGAGGCAUUGACGUCACCUCUUCUUUUCUGAUUUUGAACCACUUUUACAAGAACUUCCCCACGAAGAAACCCCAAGCAUCUUCGAACAAACAUGUUGGAAGGGCUCGCAACUUUUCCGGUUGUGCUGAGCUGCAUGGCCGGCUGCCCCGCUACGACGAAAGCUGCGAUGCUGCCGUUUGUGUCGCUGCUCGGAGCUGCGUACGGUCCCGUAGACAUGCGUCAGCAGGGGUCUACCAGAAAAGCGGUUGGCGAGACGUAAGAGAGAGUUACAACAAUUGAAGCAUUUGAGUAAACGAGCCUAAAUUUUCCAAGGAGCAAGUUUUGAUUCCGGAUGCUGUACUGCUGUAUCACGAGAAAAGCGAGCUGACAAAUAAAUUCGGCCCGACCCAAUUUCAGAGUCGUGCUAAACUAUAAAAUCAGGUCGACCCAGCGCCAGGACAAGAGCGCCAAAGAUUACGAAGUGUUUCUCUUUGGGGAGGAUACUGCAGGCAGCGAGACGGUGGCGAUGGGCCAGACAGGUUUACGUGCGACGCAAUGAAUCGGAAGUGGGACGAGUGUAGCUGGAGCAACCUUAUCUUUGCUCUUGCGUACGAUAUUCCUUUCCAGAUUCUUGACGAGGAGCGCCUGCUGCUAUCAUCAAUCUGCGCAAAAAAGAACGGUUUCCUAGAAACAAAAACACUUUUUAUAUUUCCCAAGACCUACACGUACACACGAUUCCUGUUGAUAUAUCUCUUCAUGUUGAUACCCACCAAGGCAAUUUUCCAACCCGUUUUGUAACUUGAGUAAGUAUUUCACAGACAUGGCAUGAAGAAACCAAAGCCGAAGGACGAAUAUCGUCUUCGACAGUGAGACACUGUUUAUGAAUGGUAAUAAGACAGCUCGAGUUGUGCAGGCGAACUAUUUUUGCAUCCCUGGAAGAUCCGCCCGCUUCCGUGCAACAACGCACUGAAGAUGCCUUUAGUAUUCGCAAAUUUUUGCUUUUGCCUGUUUUCUGUUCGUGCCCACUGUCGCGCUCCCCGUCGUAUCGGUGCGUCCUUUUCCUCUUUCUGCGGUUUGAUUGGUUGAUCGAUAUUUCGUCCCGAGUUCGCGGCGAUCUACCUGAGUUCUGCGUGUGAGGAGCGUGAGGCGCGGUUGUGCAUUUGGUUGUCCAACUGAGAGCGAGUGUUGCGGCCAGUCCUUGCGCGCUCGUCGAUUUGGAGAGUAAGCCGAGCGUGACAGGCAAGUCCGUGAUAGGCAAAGCGCGUCGGGCAAGGCCAUUAAUACAGAUCGACGGCGUCGCGUGCAAUGGAUGCAACGCGACCGAGCAGCAAAUGCACCUCGGAAAACUCGCGAUCGGACUUUUUUGGUUGUGGCAUCUUACGUACUUAUUUGAUAGGAGAGAGAAAGAGGGAAUUCGCCGUGCCAGUUUCUCGCGGUACUACUCGCUUCACAAAACUGUUUAGCUGUAGACCUGCCGCGUCUCUCAUCCGUACGGACAAGAGGGCUCAGGUAAAACAAGCGCAGCGGUGCCGCAAUAUUUAUUUUGUAAUGAAUUCACUUCGGCGCCGCCCGCCCAUUUCGAGCUACGGACUUUGCUAGUCGUCUCCUUCUUCAUUUUCAACCGACAUCUCACAGGACGCGCUUGCAGAAUUAUGCUCCAGUGCUAAGCUUCAUCAAGCUUUCCGUUCCAACAACAAUGGACUCAGAUUCUGCGAGUGAAGCCGUCGGCCCCUCCGUCCUUAAGAUGAGGAGGAUUAAUACCAAGGGCGACGGGAGGCCGACGGCUUUGCAGGGGAAAGAGGAUCACGCAGCGGCCCAUCAUGGUGCAGCGGGGGAGGAAGAAAUCAAGGAAGCGGAUCCGCCAGAAGAUCUGCGGGGAAUAAACGGAGACAACAUUAAGUCCCCUGCGUCUUUAAGAUGAGGAGACUUAAUCCUCAGGGCGACGGACAGGAGGCCGACGGCUUUGCGUAGGAAGGGGCGCGCGCGCGCCGGACGGACCUCCGCGCCCGCGUGCCCGCGCGCGCUUCCGGUCGCAUGUUCGCAGGAUCGUGCGCGCGCUCGCAGACCACGCCCCUCGCGCGCCCGCGCGCACUCCCCAGAACGCAGGAGCAACGGGCGUGCCCGCGUGCGAUGGGCAUGCGCGCGUGCGCAAGGUCGCAGCUUCGCGCGCCUCGCGAUUUUUAUCGCAGGAUCGCGCGCGCGCAGGCAAGGUUUGGUCGGGCCCGCGCUUGCGCUCUUUCAAAUUUUACUGUGCGAGGAACCGGCCAUGAUCAUGAAUCAAAGUUAAGUGAACGCCUCGGCUUGACGGCCGAAGGGUCUUGAUGAUGGACUGCAGGACCGCGCAGAGAAACGACAUUUUGCAAAAGAUGAAAAGGCAUCGUACUUUUCGCAAAAGAUGAAACUUCCCCAGCAAAGAUUCAU